CGAAUCACCAUAUAAAAGACCACUGAAAACCCUCAGCUCUAAAACCCUAAACACUACAAAGUCAUCUUCUCCACCGUUUCGCCUUGAAACUUUCCCCAAUUCUUCAACUACUCUCUAACCCCAAACCCUAAUUCCUCUUUGAGUUUCCAAGAUGCCAGACAAAGAAACUCGUGAACCUAUCAAUAAUUUGACUAAACAAUCGAAUUCGCUCGACAACUUGAACUUCGAUGCUCUCAAAGUGCUUUUCAAACCACACAUUGAAUCCUUCGAUCAUUUGAUUGAAGCUGGCAUGGAAACCAUUUUCAAAUCCAUCAAACUCGUUGUUGUGCAUCCUACAACAUUUCAAAAACUCAUUAUUACGUUGGAAGCUCCCAAAAUCCUCUCGCCUCAGAAGGAUGGAAUCGCCAAGACAACGCGCAAAACUCUGUAUCCGUUUGAAUGUAGACAAGCAAAACUCACUUAUUCAGGGAGGUUCACUGCAGAUGUGUGUUUUAAAUACGAUGACAGCGAGGCUAUUUUACGAGAAAAUUUUAAUUUUGGGCAGUUUCCCAUAAUGUUACAGUCUAAACGAUGCAACUUGAGAGACUUUCCUCCCCGAAAACUUGUGUCCUACAAGGAAGAGGCAUCGGAAAUGGGCGGUUACUUUAUCGUGAAUGGCCUUGAGAGAUGUAUUCGACCUAUAAUUCUACCAAAACGGAAUUAUCCGAUGAGUACAGUGCGAAGUUCAUUUAGUGAGAGGCGGGAAGGAUAUACUGAUAAAGCAGUUGUUAUAAGGUGUGUAAGAGCUGAUCAAACCUCAUUAACGGUGAAACUUUAUCACCUUCGUAAUGGGAGUGCAAGGCUUGGUUUCUGGAUACACGGAAGAGAGUACAUGCUUCCUGUGGGCAUUCUUUUGAAGGCCCUCAUCGAUACCACUGACCGAGAAAUUUAUGCAAAUUUGACAAGCUGUUAUAGUGAAAAGUAUGAAAAGGGAAAGGGUGUUGUUGGGACCCAGCUUGUUGGUGAAAGGGCAAAAAUAAUUUUAGAUGAAGUUUGUGAAGUUUCUAAAAAAUUCACUCGUCUUGAGUGUCUAGAAUAUAUUGGAGAACAUUUCCAACCUAUUAUGCAUGAACUCAGAAAUGAAAGUCAUUAUACUGUCGCUGAUGAUGUUCUGAAGAACUACAUAUUUGUUCAUCUGGAGAACAAUUUUGACAAGUUCAAUCUGCUCAUCUUCAUGUUGCAGAAACUUUUUUCACUUGUAGAUCAGACAUCAGUGCCGGAUAACCCUGAUAGCUUGCAAAAUCAGGAGGUUUUACUCCCUGGACAUCUGAUUACAAUUUAUCUUAAGGCAAAACUAGAAGAGUGGCUGGCUAAGGGGAAAACAUUGCUUCUUGACGAGAUUAAAAGAGGAGGGAAGAUUGGCAAAAUUGGAGAGAAGUUUGAUUUCAGGAAAUUUCAUCACGUUAAGAAAGUCUUGGAAAAAAAUCAUGCAAGCGGCGUCGGUAAAGCAAUUGAAAGUAUGUUGACAACUGGAAGGUUGGCUACAAGUAUUCCUCUGGAUCUGCCUCAGACUUCAGGCUUAACACUCCAGGCUGAACGGUUGAACUUUUUACGAUUUCUCUCACAUUUUCGUCAUGUCCAUCGAGGUGCCUUAUUUGCUGGACUUCGUACUACAACCGUGCGGAAGCUAUUGCCCGAAUCUUGGGGUUUUCUUUGUCCUGUUCACACACCUGAUGGGGGGCCCUGUGGAUUGUUGAAUCAUAUGACCCACACUUGUAGGAUUACGUCGUUCUAUGAUUCUCAAGGAAAAGUUAAAAAUUAUUAUAAAAUUAAGUUGUCUAUCCUCAACAUUUUAAUUGAGAUUGGAAUGACACAAUCAUUGCCAAAGAUAUUUCUACCUGGACCGCCUGAAGUUCUUACUGUUCUUCUAGAUGGUUGUAUUGUUGGUUAUAUCCCUUCCACUGAGGUUGAGAAAGUUGUCGCUCACAUUCGAGAACUGAAAGUUUCAUCUGCUGCAGUGAUUCCAGAUGAUCUGGAAGUGGGAUAUGUUCCUUUGAGCAUGGGUGGAGCAUAUCCUGGCCUCUACCUCUUCACAUCCCCUUCUAGAUUUAUUCGCCCAGUGAGAAAUCUAUCAAUUCCCUCCAAUGGAAAUGAAAACAUUGAACUCAUUGGUCCAUUUGAACAGGUUUUUAUGGAGAUACGGUGUCCUGACGGUGGAGAUGGUGGAAGAAAAAGUUCAUUUCCUGCAACUCAUGAGGAAAUCCAUCCAACAGGAAUGCUAAGUGUAGUUGCUAAUCUUACACCAUGGUCAGAUCAUAAUCAGAGCCCACGAAAUAUGUACCAGUGUCAGAUGGCAAAGCAAACAAUGGCAUUUUCGUCUCAAACAAUUCAACAUCGUGCAGAUCAGAAGUUAUAUCAUCUUCAGACUCCUCAGACUCCCAUCGUUCGGACAAGUGCAUACACUGAAUACAACAUUGAUGAAUUUCCAACAGGCACAAACGCUAUAGUUGCAGUUCUGGCAUAUACAGGAUAUGAUAUGGAGGAUGCCAUGAUUCUGAACAAGUCAUCAGUAGAACGUGGAAUGUUUCAUGGACAAAUAUAUCAGACAGAAACUAUUGACUUGACAGAGCUAGGCAGCCAAGCAGAACGAUCUUCAACAAUAUUCAGAAAAAGUAACCUAGAUAAAGGUUGUCACUCGAUUGACUCCGAUGGACUUCCACAUGUUGGUCAGAUGAUAGGGCCAGAUGAACCCUAUUGUAGCAUUUACAAUGAAGUAACGAAUAAAACACGUCUCAUCAGAAAAAAGGGCACCGAACCUGCUUAUAUUGACUGUGUAGCUGUUGACCUCAAAAAGCAUCGAAGGAAGGCUAACAUACGUUUUCGUCACCCUCGAAACCCUAUCAUUGGUGACAAAUUUAGUAGUAGACAUGGGCAGAAAGGUGUUUGCUCUCAGUUGUGGCCAGACAUCGAUAUGCCAUUUUCUGGAAAUACGGGGAUGCGCCCAGAUCUCAUUAUAAAUCCUCAUGCAUUUCCUUCUAGGAUGACGAUUGCCAUGCUUUUGGAAUCUGUUGCUGCUAAGGGAGGCAGUUUACAUGGAAAAUUUAAAGAUGCAACUCCAUUUCGUAGUUCAGUGGAACCUGGAUCCAAAUCGGCUUCACUUGUUGAUGAGCUUGGUGAUAUGUUGAAAGAGAAGGGAUUUAAUUACCACGGAUGUGAAGUUCUGUACAGUGGGGUCUAUGGAACAGAACUGACAUGUGAGAUAUUUAUUGGGCCUGUUUAUUAUCAACGGCUUCGUCACAUGGUUUCAGACAAAUACCAGGUUCGAUCUACAGGCACUGUUGACCAGAUAACCCGGCAACCAAUAAAAGGACGAAAGCGUGGUGGGGGAAUACGAUUUGGAGAAAUGGAACGUGAUUCUCUACUAGCACAUGGGGCUGCAUAUCUUCUGCACGAUAGGCUGCACACCUGUUCUGAUUAUCACAUUGCUGAUGUGUGUUCCAUUUGUGGAAGCAUGCUUUCAACAACAUUCAUUGAGCCUCAAAAGCGGCCAGUUCGGGAUAUUCCUGGGAUACCAGUAAGAAGAGCUCCAAGAAAAGUCACUUGUCAUGCUUGCCAAACCAGUAAAGGCAUGGAGACAGUAGCCAUGCCUUAUAUAUUUAGAUAUUUGGCAGCAGAGUUAGCAGCAAUGAACAUUAAAAUGACUCUCAAGCUAAGUAAUGGAGCUAACGUCUCUGAUACAGGUGUUUGAGAAUGUAGUCUCAGUCGCUAUGAUGGCCUAAUGUUAGAUUGAUCAGAAGUAUUAAGAUUGUGAAUGAAUCCCAUGAACAUGAGGGUCUAAUAGAGUUCAGAUGCCUUCUUACAUCGUGGGGUUUAAAGUUUUGUUAAGGGAUAUGACCUGACGAUACCAUAUUACAUUAUUUUACAAAAUGAGACCCAUUUAAAAUUAAAUAGCACAAUUUUGAAGUUUUUCCCUCUCCA